AUGGGCUGGGAAUUCAGCAACCUGAUCCAGGUAAGGUACUUCAUUUCCUAUAGCCUGUCCCCGUUUGAGCAGAAAGCCUUCCCCAGCUACUUCACGAAGGGCAUCCUGAAUUUGUUACACAGGACGCAGGACUCCAUUCUGCAGGUCACGCCCCCAUUUAUAGGCUUUUACUUCCUCUAUACCUGGGGAACCCAGGAGUUUGAGAAGUCAAAGAGGAAGAAGCCAACUGACUUUGAAGAAGAAAAAUAA